AUGUCUGCCGAGAUCCCCGAAUCCAUCCCCACCUCCGCCGACCCCCGCUCCCACCGUCCCACCAAGCGCCGCGCGCUCAGCCCUUCCUCCGCACACGCCGCCUCCGUCUCCGCGCUCUUCGCCAAGCCCGACCGCGACAUCCGCCUCCCUGGCGGCGGCGGCCGCCCGACGCACGCGCACAGCCGACCGCCGGAGAUCGUCGCCAACGUGCAGGGCUCCUCGGCGGGCGCGGGCUCGGGCGAGUUCCACGUGUACAAGGCGGCGCGCCGGCGCGAGUACGAGCGGCUGCGGGCGAUGGACGAGGACGUGCGGCGGGAGCGCGAGCAGGAGGCGUUUGAGCGCGACCGGGAGGGCAGGGAGAGGAGGGACGAGGAGAGGACGAGGCGGAACAGGGACAAGAGGGAGAAGAUGAGGGCGCGAAAGGCGGGCAAGGGCAAGACGGGGGGCAGCGCGAGGGGGAGUGCAGGAGGAGGGGUCAAGCCGACGAACGUGGUGGCGGGUCGGGAAAGGGAGGAGGAAGAUGCGGAGGAGGGCAAGAAUGGUACGGCAGGAGCAGCAGCGGCGGAACCGGGCCUCGUCAUCCACGACGAGGAUUAG